AUGGAUUGUGUAACAGAAUGUAAAGAAGAUCAGUUUCGAUGCAGAAAUAAGGCCUACUGUAUCCCUGUCAGAUGGCUUUGUGAUGGGAUCCAUGACUGCGUGGAUGGCAGUGAUGAAGAAAACUGUGACCAAGGGGGAAAUAUAUGUAGAGCUGAUGAAUUUUUGUGCAACAAUUCCCUCUGCAAACUACAUUUUUGGGUUUGUGAUGGCGAGGAUGACUGUGGCGAUAAUUCUGACGAAGUUGCUGAAAUGUGUGUAAAGUUUCCAUGUCCUCCAACAAGGCCAUACAGAUGUAGAAACAACAGGGUCUGUCUGCGACCUGAGCAGAUUUGCAAUGAGGUUGAUGACUGUGGUGAUAACUCGGAUGAAGAUCACUGCGAUAAAAUCACAUAUAAAGCAAGACCAUGUAAAAAGGAUGAGUUUGCUUGUAAUGAUAAGAAAUGUAUUCCAAUGGAGCUACAGUGCGAUUGGUUUGAUGACUGUGGAGAUGGUUCAGAUGAGCAAGACUGCAAAAUAAGUGUCGCUGAAUAUACAUGUGAAGAUAAUGUGAACCCUUGUGGAGAUGAUGCAUACUGUAAUCAAACAAAAACAUCCCUACUGUGUCAGUGUAAACCUGGAUUUCAGAGAAACAAGAGGAACAGACAGUGUGAAGAUAUCAAUGAGUGUAUGGUAUUUGGUGCCUGCUCCCAACACUGCAAUAAUAUUAAGGGGUCAUACAAAUGUGCAUGUGAGAAAAAUUAUAAGGAGAGGAAUAACAGUUGCAUAGCAAAAGGCUCUGAAGAUCAAGUUCUCUAUGUUGCUAAUGACACUGACAUCCUGGGUUUUGCAUAUCCAUUCAACUACAGUGAUGUUCCUCAGCAAAUAUCACAUAUUGAACAUAAUUCAAGGAUAACUGGAAUGGAUGCAUAUUUUCAAGGGGACAUGAUUGUUUGGAGCACUCAGUUUAAUCCAGGAGGGAUUUUCUACAGAAAACUUCACGACAGAGAGAGAAGGCAAAGCAGCAGUGGCUUGAUAUGUCCAGAAUUCAAAAGACCUAGGGGCAUUGCUGUUGACUGGGUUGCUGGAAAUAUUUACUGGACUGAUCAUUCCAGAAUGCAUUGGUUCAGCUACUAUACAACUCAUUGGACUAGUCUGAGAUACUCCAUCAAUGUAGGUCAAUUGAACGGGCCAAACUGUACAAGACUCCUUACAAGCAUGGCAGGAGAACCAUAUGCAAUCGCUGUAAAUCCUAAGAAGGGGAUGAUGUACUGGACAGUAAUUGGGGAUCGCUCUCACAUAGAGGAAUCAUCUAUGGAUGGUACUCUGAGAAGGAUAUUGGUUCAAAAGAAUUUACAAAGACCUACAGGUCUCGUAGUCGAUCAGUUCAGUCAGCGUUUGUUCUGGGCUGAUUUUGAAUUAUCUGUCAUUGGCAGCGUUCUUUUCGAUGGUUCCGAUUCAGUUGUGUCUGUGAGCAGUAAACAAGGUUUACUGCAUCCACAUAGAAUUGACAUUUUUGAGGAUUACAUAUAUGGAGCAGGUCCUAAAAAUGGCGCGUUUAGAGUACACAAAUUUGGUGGGAGCCUUGUAGAGUAUCUAAGUGUGGAUGUUGAUAAAGCAAAAAGUGCCUUGAUUUUUCACCGCUACAAACAGAUGGACUUACCUAAUCCAUGCUUGGACCUGAUAUGCGAAUUCAUUUGUUUACUCAACCCUUCUGGUGCAACAUGUGCUUGUCCAGAAGGAAAAUCUUUGCUGAAUGGAACAUGCAUCGAUCAGAGCCUCUUAGAUGAUUCCUGUAAAUUAACCUGUGAAAAUGGAGGAAAGUGCGUUAUAAAUGAGAAGGGGGAUCCCCGAUGUCACUGCUGGCCAAGUUACUCUGGUGAAAGGUGUGAAACUAACCAUUGCUACAAUUACUGCCAGAACGGAGGAACCUGUGGAGCCUCUCUCCUCGGGAGGCCUACCUGCAACUGUGCGCUGGGUUUUACAGGACCAAACUGCAGUCAGAUGGUCUGCGAUCACGUUUGCCAAAACGGAGGAACCUGCAGUGUCACUGCUGGGAAUCAACCCUUUUGCAACUGCUUGCCUGAGUAUACAGGAGACAGAUGUCAGUAUUAUGUUUGCCACCAUUAUUGUGUGAAUUCUGAAUCAUGUACUGUUUCUGAUGAUGGAAGCGUAGAAUGUGUCUGUCCACUACGAUUUGAAGGUCCAAAAUGUGAAGUGGACAAGUGUAUCAGAUGUCAUGGGGGACGCUGCAUAAUAAACAAGGAGACUAAUGACAUAGUAUGCAAUUGCACUAAUGGAAAGAUUGCCCCUACCUGCCAGUUAUGUGAUGGCUACUGUUACAAUGGUGGUACAUGUCAGCUGGACCCAGAGACAAAUGUGCCUGUCUGUCUAUGUUCGGCCAACUGGUCAGGCACACAGUGUGAGAGGCCAGCUCCCAAAAGCAGCAAGUCUGACAAUAUCAGUACAAGAAGCAUUGCAAUCAUUGUUCCUCUUGUUUUACUGGUGACUUUGAUCACCACUCUGGUAAUUGGACUAUUUCUUUGCAAAAGGAAACGAAG